CGGCGGCGGCGGCGGCGGCGGCUCCCGCCCGAGUUCCCGGGCCGGCGCGGGUGGCGGAGCGCGCGCGGCGGCGAUGUUCCACUGCAUGCCCCUGUGGCGGUGCAACCGUCAUGUGGAGACCAUCGACAAGCGCCACUGCUCGCUCGUGUACGUCCCCGACGACGUCUACCGCUACGCGCGCAGCCUGGAGGAGCUGCUGCUGGACGCCAACCAGCUGCGGGAGCUGCCCGAGCAAUUUUUCCAGCUCGUCAAAUUACGAAAGCUUGGACUUAGUGAUAAUGAGAUACAGCGGCUCCCUCCGGAAAUAGCGAACUUCAUGCAGCUGGUAGAACUCGACGUGUCCCGAAAUGAUAUACCUGAAAUUCCAGAAAGCAUCUCAUUCUGUAAAGCACUCCAGGUCGCUGACUUCAGUGGAAACCCACUUACCAGAUUACCAGAAAGCUUUCCUGAAUUACAGAAUUUGACAUGUCUUUCUGUAAAUGACAUCUCAUUGCAGUCCCUGCCUGAAAAUAUUGGCAAUCUUUAUAACCUGGCGUCACUGGAACUGAGAGAGAAUCUUCUUACAUAUCUUCCUGAUUCUCUUGCUCAACUACGGAGGCUAGAAGAACUUGAUUUAGGAAACAAUGAAAUAUAUAAUCUGCCAGAGUCAAUUGGAGCUCUCCUACAUCUUAAGGAUCUCUGGUUGGAUGGAAAUCAGUUGUCAGAAUUACCUCAGGAAAUAGGAAAUCUGAAGAACCUGCUAUGCUUAGAUGUCUCUGAAAACAGGUUGGAAAGACUUCCUGAAGAAAUUAGUGGCCUGACUUCACUAACAGAUUUAGUCAUUUCCCAGAACUUACUAGAAGUCAUUCCAGAUGGCAUCGGAAAACUAAAGAAACUGUCAAUCUUGAAGGUGGAUCAGAACAGACUCUCACAAUUGCCUGACACGGUUGGGGACUGUGAAAGCCUCACCGAAUUGGUUCUUACAGAAAACCGGCUCCUGGCCUUACCUAAGAGCAUUGGAAAACUUAAGAAGUUGAGUAACUUGAAUGCAGACAGAAAUAAAUUAGUGUCAUUACCAAAAGAGAUCGGCGGUUGCUGCAGCCUGACUGUGUUCUGCGUUCGUGACAACAGACUCACCCGGAUCCCCGCAGAGCUCUCACAGGCAAUGGAGCUUCACGUCCUGGACGUGGCAGGGAACAGGUUGUUGCAUUUGCCUCUGUCCCUGACCACGUUGAAGCUGAAGGCUCUGUGGUUAUCUGACAACCAGUCGCAGCCUCUGCUUACGUUCCAGAUGGACACAGACCAGACCACAGGAGAAAAGAUCCUAACCUGCGUCUUACUUCCUCAGCUGCCUUCUGAACCUACCUGCCCAGAGAACUUGCCCCGCUGUGGGGCGCUGGAGAACCUGGUGAGUGACGUCUCCGACGAGGCCUGGAACGAGCGUGCCGUGCACAGAGUCAGCGCCAUCCGGUUCUUGGAAGAUGAGAAGGAGGACGAGGACAAUGAAACGAGGACACUUCUGAGGCGAGCGACACCACACCCGGGGGAGUUAAAGAACAUGAAAAAGACAGUGGAGAAUUUGCGGAACGACAUGAAUGCUGCUAAAGGACUGGAUUCCAACAAAAACGAGGUCAAUCACGCCAUUGACCGAGUGACCACAUCCGUGUAGCGUUUCUCCGUUCCAGUCUUACCUCCCGUGUCUUCCCUGCUGUGGAGGAGCCUCGGGCAGGCAGAACCUGUCAGCCUUGCCUGGUGCCACAGGGUGCGGUCCACGCUCUCUGUGGAAGUGCCUUCCUCCCUGGGCCCCGCUGGGCGGCACACCAGGGCUCACCAGGUGCCCUGGGCACCUUCUGAACGGCAGCUGAUGGUGAGAAGUAGCGUGCACUACUGUAAUCGUAUGACCUUCGCUUUGUCUUACAUUGGGUAAGGGAGAGAGCUCGAAUGCUGGAACGUCCUGAACCCAAGUCUCUUGGACCUAUUGAUGAAAGUUUUAUGUCUGGGGAAAAGUCAGUACUUUCUAAAACCCUUUUUUGGCAGCUCAGAUGGUAUAAAUUAAAAAAUUUUUUGUAUAGAUAGUUUCAUAACCCCUUCAAAAAUGUCUUUUGUUGUUAUUUUAUCUUGAAAACGGUACAUAUUUUAGCAUUUGUGCAGAAAAGGAACACACCAGUCCUAAAGUAUUUGUUUUUAUUUGUACCAUCCGCUUGUGCCUUACUGUAUCCUGUUGUCAUGUCAAUACAGUUGUACCUGGUUGAGUCCUUAAGCAGUGAUAUAAGUUGAGGAAUGUGGUACUUUUUAAGCAGUGUUGAAUUUUAAUCAGCAGUCUACUUGUCAGUUUUGAUUUUUACCAGAAAGAAAAGUUAACCCCUGAUUUGUAAAUUUUAUCAAUUCAUUUUUUUAAAAAAGAUGAACCAAAGGAUUGGACUGAUAAUGUUUCUUUCCUGUUUUUUUUUCUUACCCAUUAACUCUUUAUGAAUGAAUCUCUUACAUUGAGUGCGAUGUUGAUUGUAUCUUCUUGAAAGAGGUAUGUGCCAUUUGUAACAUGUAAUAAAGCAGAGAAGCACAAGAGAAAAAUGGUUCUGGAAAUUCAGGUGAUAAAUUAUGUGCUGCAAAAAGAAAGUAUGAUUUGUAUUGAAGAAAACAUUUUAAAUUUUAUAUCAAGAUAUGAAAAAAAACACAAUAAAUCAAAGCAACCUAUUAGAAAUGUUGCUAUCUUCAUAAGUGCAAUUUAAUUUGUAAAUAGAGUUUCAAUCAAAGUGUACAAAAUAUUGCUUCACUUUUAAUUUUAAAUUCACUAAUUUAAGGGGCCACAAGGUAUGUUUUAGUGUGUGUCUGUUGAUUUUUUUUCCAUAUAAAGUGAUAAAACAGAAAUGAAAUAAGCCAGUCACUGUGGUGUCUAGGAAAAUCAUUAUAUUUUGUGUGUUAUUUUUUGUUGUUGUUCCCUGAAAUAAAGUCACCCUGGCCAUUAGCCA